AUGACGCCUGCGCCGUGCCACGGCCUCACCCUCUUGCAUGACGCCGUUGAGCCAGCCUACUAUGUUUUCAACGCGACCACACGGGCCGUCACCCGGCUGCCGCCUUGCCAAGACUCCUUCAUGGCCAUUGCUUGUCUCGGAUUCGAUUCCAGGAGGAGGGACUACAAGGUAGUGAGGUUGUUUUUCGAGAAACACUUCGGGGUUGAUAAUAUCAAGUGCGAGGUGUACGCCCUUGGUGGCGAGCACGGGGAUCGCUGGAUGCCGGCUGCCGGUGGUGUGCCCUUUAGGUUCUGCAAGUUUGCCGCUGAUGCGAUAAUCGCAACACGGAGUGAAGCUAAGCUGAUGCCGGUGUUCGCAGACGGAUUUCUGCACUGGGUUGUCGACUCGCCUCUUUUCCUCGCAAAGCCAAGAGCUGCCGUCUUAUCGUUCUCUCUCGCAGAUGAGACCUUUAGAUGGUUCAGGUCACCAAUCUUCGAGGUCCCAGGAGUGCACCUGGUGGAGCUUGAUGGCCACUUGUGUAUGGUCCGGGACCUCCGUCCCGAUACUAGUAUUAUGGAGAUUUGGGAAAUGCAGGACUGCAACUCUGGUGAUUGGACGUUGGCACAUCGUAUUGAUUUGUUACAACAUGUUCAAAGAGGUUUGACGGAGCCGCAAAUUAUUAGAGUCAUUGGGUCUGUUGGCAACUGUGGAUCAAGGAACAAGGUAAUCUUGGCUACAUCCAAACGCAAGGUGAUCACCUAUGACCCAGUAUCUGCAACUCUGGAAACCGUUCUUGCAAUCAGAGAAACUCAUUCACCUUACGAAACCAAGCAAUCUGCUCCUAGAGUCAGUUUAUUUAAAGAGAAUCUUGCUCCGGUGCACAGAACAAAUGAAGAGAUAGACUCGGGUUCUCCCCUGGCCAAGGCAACUAAGGAGAUCCUACUCCGACUCCCGGGUAAUUUUGCAGUGCAGUUCAAGCUGGUCAGCAAGCAGUGGCUUACAUUGAUCGAGAGUCGAAGCUUCAUGCGCUCUUACUAUGAGCAUAACAACAACAUAGACAGGAGGCCCAAGAUCAUGCUUGUGGGCAAGGGUGCUAGAGGUCUGGGUUUCAGUUUUGCUCCCAUGGGUAAAUUGCUUCAAGAGGCUCCUAGUCAAGGAACAUGGCUUGACACAAGGGUGGUUUGCUCCAAGCCUUGUCAUGGCAUGAACCUGUUAAGUACUGAGAGUGAGGACUAUCUCUACAACCCUUGCACAGGUUACGGCAGUAGAUACCACACUCAAGGGAGGCUCGCCUAUGUGCCCAACCAUAUACUCUCGAUGAUGCACGACAGUGUCCAUACACCAGAAGAUCAUGCUUUUGGUGUUGGCAACAGGAAUGUUGGCCUGGGGUUCAAUCAUCUGACACGGGAGCAUGUCAUUGUUCAAAUCUUAUAUCACUUGAAGGACUUUGAAUCUCGUCAAUAUUUAUUUACAUUCUCAGUAAUUGCCACUGGAUCGGUGCAAGACCACUUUCAGCCGCCUCUUCCUGUAAAUGACAUGCCACCAACCUAUCUGUCAGGAGUACUAUAUUGGAUGAGUGAACCAAGGUUAGGCCAGAGUUAUGAGAGGGCCAUUGUGUCUUAUAACAUUGCGACUAGGAUGUUUGGUGUCAUCUCCUGCCCCUCAAGCAUCGCAGUGUGGAGCAGCACAAGUCCAUCCCAAGCAUUUGUGGUAGAGCUUGAGGGGAUAUUAUGUGCUGUUCAUGCAGAUCCAGUUGCAGAUGAGUUGGAUAUUUGGAAGCUGGAACAUGGUCGAUGGGAUAGAGCAUGUAAAAUAUAUUUAGAAGACUGCCCAGGCUAUUCCCUUGGAGCAAAUGGUGUGGUUCCCUUGGCCGUUGACCCCAAGGAUGGGAGAAUCAUGCUGAACACAGGGAGGAAAUUGGGUCUUUAUGAUCCAACAAAGCAAUCGAUUGAGAACUUGUAUGAUCUUGAUGAGGUCUUGCAUGUCACAAGUUCAGAGCAGUCUCCACGCGUUGGAGUGUAUGAAGAUGUCUAG